AUGACUCCCGCAGCGACCGUCGCCGCCGAAGGUGGCCAGCCUGCUUCCCAGGCUGCGGAGCUUUCGCGCCAAAGGGAGAAAAACCUUUCUCCCGACAGCGCUACUGCGUCCCAGCACGCCUCCCCCGCCUCUGUCGCUUCGUCUUUGCCAGCACUCGUUCGGGCCUCUUUGCUGCCUUCCGGAGCGCAUCUGGAGCGGUGUUACAGUGUGUGCUGUACAGACACGCACGUCUUUGUGGGAGGCGGCAGCAUAGCUGGCGUGGUUUGCGUGUGGAAACUCCCCGGUGACCUGCUCAGAGCUUUCGCUGCGCAGCACGGGGACGGCGACACCGGCGAGGCGACGCGCUUUCCUGCAAAAGAUGGCCAGACGCCUGACCGAGCAGAGUGGGAGUUCGUCGGGGUCCUCGGCCCGAUGGUGUCCCCCGUCGUUCAGCUGAAACUCAACAGCACGCGAGAGAGGCUCGCUGCUGCCACACAGACUGCAAUAGGUUACAUUUGGGACGUGAGUCCGGCAGCUCUGGCGUCGCUCUCGCAGCUGACUGCCUCGGCGCAUCUCUCGCUGUCUGUCUUUGCGAGUUUAACCUCGCCGUCUUCGGUCCCCUCGUGGCUUGGCGACGUCUUCGCGGCCGAUCCGAGCGCCGCGUCGAACUCGUCGCUGUCGCCGACAGCGCUGCCCCCAGCCAUCAGCGACCUGCUGCGUCUCGGGCCGAAACCCGUCGCAGUUCUCGGCGGCGCCGAGUCGCCUGCAAACGUGACUUGCGUCGAGUUCCUCCCCGACGGCUGCACACUCGCCGCAGGCAGCGGUCUCCCGCUCUCCGUAGACCAAGUUGGCCGCGAAGACUGCGUCUCGAAAGCUCCCCUCGGCAUCUACCACUGCGAAAGCGGGCACCGCCUCGCAGAAUUCCCCGCCUUCGUCUUCUCUCCCGACAAAAAGGCCUCCCACGCCGCCCGCGCUCCUCUCCUCCUCUCCAGCAUCGCCACCGUCGCCAUGGACCCGCACAAAUUCCUCCCUCCUCCCCUCCCCUCUACAUCCUCCUCCUCCUCUUCAUCUGCUGCGAGUAGUCGCUGGCUCGCUGCUGGCGACGCCGUGUGCGGCUGCACGGCUCUGGUCCUUCUUCCCGAUGGUCUGUUGAUGCAGCUGCGGCGGCAACACGAGAGUCUUUUGCAUGCGUGGAACCAGAAGGAGACGAGACGCCUCGCCCUCCUGCGGCUCCGGCGAAGACGCGACGAGGCGCUGGCUUCAGCUGCCCAGUGCACAGAAGCUGCGGGCGACGAUGCGAACUCGGCCGAGGCUGGCCAGCGCAUGCAGAGGGAACAGGAUGCGGCGGAUGCGGAAAAGGCGUACCAGACUGCGCUCGCGGAGGCCGAGGCGGCAGGAGACACGGUCAAGGAUCGCGACGAAGAAGACGAGACGCUCGACGAGCGAAAACCGAUGCCCCCAGUCCAACCCGCUCUCCUCCACCUUCCCACCGUCGUCGCCCAACUCAGCGAGGCCGCACCAGCCGAGCUCAAUCCGGUCCCCUUGCACACUUCAUCCCAGCACACGCUCCACGUCAGAAGCAUUGUGCUCUGCAAAGUUGCCAGUGGAUCGAGCUCCGCGGAUGUGCGCUCGCUAGUUUGUCUUCGCCCGUAUUCGCGACGCGGCCACGUCACCGUUGCUGCAUGCAACGCGUUCGAUUUCCCCUCGUUCGCCUCCUUUGCUUCGCUCGAUCCUUCUGGCUUCGCGGCGGCUUUUCCGGGCAUCGAGAGCGGGAAAGACGCCUCAGAGGAGCGCUCGAAGGCCGACGAGACUGCGGCCACCGCUUCGUCUUACCAGGUGCGCUACGUUGAGGGUCUGGGCGAGGCCGGCGAUGAGAUCGCGACUUGCAUCCACACACAUGCCGACUUCAUUUGCGGAGUCGCAGCCUCGCCCUCGGGACUCCUCGUUGUCUCCCUGGCUGCCGACAAGUCCCUCGUUGUCUACAUCCGAUCGGAGGCUGCUCGGGAGCGCCUAAAGAAAGAAGAAGAAGAGAGGAAGAGGCGGGAAGCAGAAGAGGCGCGCCGCAUGCAAGCGAUCGCCGCAGAGGAGAGAACGCAUGCAGAGGAAAGGUCGCAUGCAGAGGACAGGAUGCAUGGAGAGGAAAGAACGCAUGCAGAGCAGAGCAGCGAAGAAGGGGUUGAUGGCUCGAGACGGGAGCGAGUUCGAGACGAACUCGCGGGGCCGGGGAGAGAGGACGCGGCGCCCAGCGCGCCCGAAGAGAGCUCAGCCGGACAGACAUGCAGAGAUGUUUUGGACGACGAAGAGCGAGGAAGUUCCCCGAAGAGACAGAAAAAGGACCGCUUGCCAACUGAAGGCGCAGAGGAUCCGCAACUCGCUCAUGGCGACGAGGAUGACAGCCUCUUUGGCGAGGACUGA